AUGAUUGUGAGACUUUUAUUGCAGGUGGAGCUAAGCAUAUUUAGCAUAAAGACAGAUAAUUUGAUAGAAUUUGUCAAGAUACUCUACAAGAGUAUUGGAGAUUUAUGUCUUAUGAAUGUGUAUAUUUGUAUGUUUGUGAGUAGACUAGAGGAGACUAAGAAAGUUCACAUAGAUAUGGUAUAUGAGAAUGGACUAGAAGAGAUUGAAAGGGUCUAUAUAGGAUUAGAGGAGAUUGAUAGGAUUUAUGGGUGGAACGACUGUUUUUCCUUUAAUUGCCAUCCAACGGGGGAUUGUUCCACACCCAUUUUGAAAAAAUCCAACAUCUUGAUAGGUGCAUUUGUUUCUAUAAAGAUUGUUCAAAGUUUAGACAGAGCCAAACUAUCCAAGUUAGAAGUAAUGGCAGACAGGGAAUGCAAUACAAAAGCACAAGCUGCCGGUAACAAUGUUGCCAUUAUCUUUGGGGUUACUGGGCUUGUUGGAAAAGAGCUAUCCAAAAGGCUAAUUUCAAAAUCCAAGUGGAAGGUCUAUGGGGUAGCUCGAAAUCCUGAGAUCAAACCAAUCAAAAGUUCCAGCUACCAUUUCAUAUCCUGUGACCUGUUAGAUCCUGUCGACACCAAGCAGAAGCUCUCUGUAUUACAGGAUGUGACUCAUAUGUUCUGGAUCACUUGGGCAAGCCAGCAUCCUCUGGAUAGUCCAGAGAGUUGUGAGCAGAACAAGACCAUGAUGUGCAAUGCCUUGAGCGCCAUCCUUCCUAUAGCAAAGGGAUUGAAGCAUUUUUCUCUUCAAACUGGGAUGAGUAAUUAUGUACCUGUGAAUGGGAAAACAAUUCUUUUUGAUGAAGAAUGGCCGAGAGGGAAUGGGAGCCACAACUUUUACUAUGUCCUGGAAGAUUUGCUCCAUGAGACGCUGGCUGGUAAGGUGGCGUGGUCUGUUCAUAGGCCUGGCUUGUUAAUUGGUGCUUCUCAUAGGACUUUCUAUAAUUUCAUAGGAACUUUAUGUGUUUAUGGUGCUACCUGUAAACAUUUAAACCUCCCUUUUGUGUUUGGAGGGACAAGGGAGUGCUGGGAAGAAAGCUAUAUUGAUGGUUCUGAUGCUAGGCUAGUAGCUGAACAGCAAAUUUGGGCAGCCACAACUGAUGAAAUAACUUCCACUGAUGGCCAGGCGUUCAACGCAAUUAAUGGUUCGAGUUUUACUUGGAAGCAGAUAUGGCCAACUCUUGGCGAGAAAUUUGGAGUUACAGCGCCUGAAAACAUGUUUUUGGAAGAUUUUCGGCUUACAACAGCCAUGCGAGAAAAGGAAAAAGUAUGGGAAGAAAUUGUGAUGACGGAAAAUCUGCAUCAGACAAAGAUGAAAGAUUUGGCCAAUUGGCAGUUCUUGGACCUUUUGUUUCGGUGUCCUGGAAAAUUGUUGGGUUCCCGAGCUAAAGUUGACCAGCUUGGUUUUACAAUGAAAUAUAACACGCUCGAUUCAAUCCUGUAUUGGAUUGAUUUCAUGAGAGAUGAAAAGUUGAUUCCCUAG